UGCAGAGUUACUGUAAAGAUGGAUCCAAACACCGAUCUGCACAACCACAUUAAACAGUGCAGUGAGAAUGACUUCAUCACCAUAGAAGGUUCUCACAACAUAAACGUCCUGUCGAAGGCUAUCACAGAAUGUUUGGCUGACAAGGAAGAGCUACUGAAAGUAAGACACCAACACCUGGCAAGGCAGAGCGAACAAUUCUCACAGAGCAGAAGAAAAGGAAAGCAGAGGUUUCGUUGCCUUGCAUCUCCCCAUCUCUACAACACUGACUUCAUUGUGGAUGAGAGAACUUGUGUAAAAUAA